ACAAUCCUCUGCCACAGAUCUCCCACUCGCGGAUUCUUUGGAAGGGGUGAUGAAAUUCAAUCUAAAGCUGAAGGAGGUUCAGUACCCAAGCUCUCUGAUGUUAAUAAUGGGUCGCUAGCUUCCAUAAACUCUAAAGAAGAAUCACCUUCAUCUAAUCAAACGCCAGCCAUCAAACGAUCUCCAUUAACCGCAAGAGAGAGACUUAGGGCAGCUCGGGUCCUUAGGCGUUAUACAGAGUCCAAGGCAUCCAAGCCAGAGCUAGGAAGCAAACUGCUUGAUGCUCUUAAGAAAGUGACAAAGGAAAAAGAUCUGGCCUUCCUGAAGCCCCUGCCAAAUUUAUUUGAUGACAGCAAAAGAGGGAUGCCAAAACCAGGAUGGACGUUUGAGUUUCCUGGGGGAUUUGAUGUGUUUCUAAUUGUCUUUUCAUUUGUGUUCAUCAGCACGGUGAUGUUUGCAACAACAUAUAUUGUGUGGAAACUUGGUGGCAUUCAUUUUAAUGAAUACUAACAAUGUUACGGGAAUCUUUUGCUUGGCUUGGAUAUCCACAUCCACACUUCCACACAUCAAGCGAAUGAAAGUCAUCACAGUUUAGGCACUGCCAUCGCUUCUUGCUCAUGGCUCUAGAUCUGUUUCUUGUAGCAAUACAUGACUAUACAGAGUUCAGCUUGACCAGCCAUUAGUAUGUAGUAAUUUUUACCUAAAUAUUUUUCAGAUGGUAUACUUCUUAAUGAGAUGAAAAAGCUUAUGCGAGCUACAUUGUAAUGCUUUCAA